GUACGUGUUAGGUACGAAAAAAACGAAACGGGGAAUGGCACACCAUCUUUUCAUAGAUAGAAAUGUGUCUACCUUCCCACUAAUCCUAAUUUCGUGUAUAAAUAUAUAAUAUUCGUUGACAGUUACACACAAACAAAUCACUAGAGCUUUUCAUUCAGCUAACUCAACUCGUUAAUUUUCUCCGCUUUCUCUCUAUUCUCUUUCUAUUGUAUGGCAGCCAAUUCGAGUAGCCGACUCAUCACUGGCUUCGGGAAGCGGCUCAUCAACCAGAUCUGGAACUCCAACUCCACUUUUUCUUCAUCUUCUCUUCUCCCACUCGCAUCGUCGAGGAGGGCAGCAUACAGUUCAGUGUACGACAAGAACGUAGAUGAUCACAUCCACUCGGAGCCAGUUCCUGAUGAUGUGAUCCAGGCAACUCAAUCAGACAAAUACUGGGCCCCACACCCACAAACUGGAGUAUUUGGGCCCCCCGGCGAGCACGCCACAGCCUCCACCACGAAUGCAACUGCUGGCUCGGUGCUGGAGGAAAAGGCCUGGUUUCGCCCUUCCAGCCUUGAGGACUUAGAGAAGCCCCACCCUCAUCAUCCUUAGUUUUUAGAACCUCAUAUAUACUUUAUGUGUGCGUAUAUAUACUACUACCAAUAAAUAAGGACAGUACUUGUGACCAAGUUGAAGUGGUGUGGUUACUCUAGCUAUAGCUCGUGUAUAUUUUUCUGCUGAGCUUCAAAGUGUGCUGAGACUGCACUGCAGGUUGAUGCUCGUUGAAGAGUGUGGACUAAGCUUUUAUUAUACAUAUUGCUAGACAUGAACUACGUUUAUAUGCAUGUAAACUUCUUGUUUUUGUUUUCAUGCAACUUUAAUAUUAAACCUAUGGUUAUGGUUGUGCAAAUUGUGCUUA